AGUCACACCUAGUGAUUGGAUGGACGAUAUCUAUAUUGUUUGCGAUUGGAUCUAUGUUCGGUGGUCAUCCUCUCUUCCAAAUCGACCAUGAGUAUAACAGAUGGGGAGUCCUCACUGUACAUUGGUUUCUAUAGGCUUUUCUGGGGCCUGGCUAUGAGUUGGAUUCUACUUAUUUGCGUUACUGGAUAUGGAGGGUUUAUUGCUGACUUCUUGAACUGUAAACUCUUUGUAGUUCUUGGAAGACUUACUUAUGGAAUAUACUUGACGCACAAUGCUGUUAUAAUCUACAAGAUGGGAAGGAUGAGACAACCUGUAUUCUUUGAUAUUUACGAUCAAUAUCAGCAAUACUUUGGCGAGUUCAUCAUCAGCAUGGUAUGUGGGUUCAUACUUACUAUAAUGGUCGAGUCACCUGCACAAAUUCUUGAGAAGAAAAUUUAUAAGGAAGCCGGCUGGACAAAGUUCAUCCGAUGACAAAUUCCAUAGAACAAGGAGUGGAAAAUCUGCAGCCACAUUGGAGUCGGCAAUUCCAAUUCCUCGACCUCGGGUGGACAGUAGAUCUGGAAAAUUCAGAAUAUGAAAUAUGAAUCAAAAUGAACAACAAUAAGCAUUACCAACUUCCAUGGAGUUAUUCUUAUGUACUCGGUAUUGACUGAUAUUACGUGAUAAUACGUGAUUGAUAGUGUUCUAUCAAUGAAAUCAGUGUUAUUACAUUUAUGAGCUUCAAACAAUGAUGAUUAUUGAUGAUGAGCAUCAUGAAAUCAGUGUGAUUAUAUUUUAUAUAACAUUGAUGAGCUGCAAGUAAAUAUAUGGAGAUAUUGUCUAUAGACAAGUCACUACUUGGUAAUUUUCGAACUUGAAUCUUGAAUUUACUACCCUUUAAGAAAUAUUGAAGUGUGAGUGAGAGUAACAAUGAAACUAUAUUAAGAGGAUUUAUUUAUGUGUGAUUUGACGGAGCCGAUCAAGUGUAUUAGUUAAUACAUUUUUCCAGAACAUUCUUGUUCACAUGUAUUACUAGAUGCUUUUUUUCUAGAAUAUUUUUGCUCACAUUAUGUAUCAGUGUGUCGAUAUGCGGGUAUGAAUCAGUGAUUUGGUAAAGGAUAGUAGAUUUGAUUAGAAAGAGAACUACGAUACUACAUGAUAACUAUAAGAUGAUAAUUAUUAUUUAUCAUUCCAAUUCUGUUUAUCUAUUGAUAUUCUACAUUAUUUUAAUUUUGUAUCAUUGUACUAUUCGAUCUAAUGUACUAAUUACAGUUAUCGAUAUAACAUUCCACUAACAUUAACUAUUUAACAAUAACAUUACAAUUGUAUAAUAAAAAGUCGGUCAAUA